CCCCAGCCGUCGACGAUAUGCCGUCGCUUCCAUAUGCCGCCGACGCGGAGAGUCCACUGAAGCCCGAGGAGCUCCAGGUCCUCCGCAGCCAGUACGAGAAGGAGGGCGAGUUUGUCGGCCUACAGACCAAGUUCAACUACGCCUGGGGCCUCAUCAAGUCGAACCAGCGCCCGGAGCAGCAGGAAGGCGUGCGCCUGCUGUCGGAAAUCUUCCGCAACAGCCCCGAGCGCCGCCGUGAGUGCCUCUACUACCUCGCCAUCGGCAACUACAAGCUGGGCAACUACGCCGAGGCGCGCCGCUACAACGAGCUGCUGCUCGACCUCGAGCCGGCCAACCAGCAGGCCAGCGACCUCAAGCGCCUGAUUGACGACCGCGUGGCCAAGGAGGGCUUGAUGGGCGUGGCCAUUGUGGGCGGCAUCGCCGUGGCGGCGGGCUUUGUGGGCAGCAUGCUCAUCAGGAGCGCGAGGCGGAGAUAGGUCACACGAAUGCCAUGAUGGGGGGCUGUUGUUUAUUUUUAAUUUAAUCCUUGGGCGUGUCUCGUUUGGCGUUGGCGGUUGUACGAUAAGGUGG